CCGCCGGGCGCGGAUAUCCGGUCAGGGCCGCCCCGAGCGGCUUCCGCGGCCCGGCCAUGGCGGGGCCCCGGCCGGACCCCGAGCUGGCCCGGCAGCUCUUCUUCGAGGGCGCGGCCGUGGUGGUGCUGGACGUGCCGGAGGGCACCGAGUUCGGCAUCGACUACAGCGCGUGGGCGGUGGGGCCGCGGUUCCGCGGCGUGAAGAUGGUGCCGCCGGGGCUGCACUUCGUGCACUGCAGCGCGGCCGGCGCCGGCGGGCGGGACGCGGGGCCGCGCUGCGGCCGCUUCCUCAGCCUGCGGCGCCGCGAGGUGCGGCUGCUGCGCUGGGACCCCGCGGCCGAGGCCGUGCGGCCCGAGCCCCCCGAGAAGGGCGAGGCGCUGCGGGAGCGCCUGCGGGAGCUGGACCCCUUCCUGGGGCCCUACCCCUACGAGACGCUGAAGAAGUGGGUGUCGCUGAGCAGCUUCAUCAGCGAGGCGGCGGCCGAGGAGCUGCAGCCCGAGAGCGGCCAGAUCUGCGCCUUCGCCGAGGUGCUGCCCGAGGCGGCGGGGCGGCACACGCGGGACCGCGCCGGGCAGCGCCGGCCGCCGCUGGGCGCCGAGUGCCGCAGCUACGCCGAGGGCCUGGCGCGGCUGCCCCGCAUGCGGCCGCGGGCCGGCACCCAGAUCCGCUUCUCCGAGCUGCCCCGGCAGGCCUUCCCCGCCGGGGCCAGCCCCGCCGAGAUCACCCGGCACAGCAUGGACCUGAGCUACGCCCUGCAGCGCGUCGUGGAGCAGCGCUACCCCGGCCGGCCGCUCGGGCUGCUCGCUGAGUUGCAGUUUGCCUUCAUCUGCUUCCUGAUUGGGAAUGUGUACGAUGCCUUUGAGCACUGGAAAAGACUCCUGAACAUCCUGUGCCGCUCAGAGGAGGCCAUGGGGAAGUACCAGGACCUUUACAUCAACCUCAUUUCUGUGCUGUAUCACCAGCUCAACGAAAUCCCAGCAGAUUUUUUUGUGGACAUUGUCUCCCAAGACAACUUUUUAACCAGCACCUUACAGGUGCUGUUCUCCUGCACCUGCAGCUCUGCUGUGGAUGAGACUCUGAGGAAGAAGGCUGAGAAGUUCAAGGCUCACCUGACAAAGAAGUUCAAGUGGGACUUUGAGGCAGAGCCUGAUGACUGUGCCCCUGUGGUGGUCCAGCUGCCUGAGGGUGUGCAGGUGGACUGAGCCAAAGGCCCCCUUAGGAGCAAACAGCUUCUGAAAUGACCCUUUCCUUCUCUUCUCCAGCCUUGCCAGCUUCCUGAAGGCUGUUUCUGAAGCUGAUCCCCUUUCUGCUGGAGAAGCACAUGUGGUAAACCCAGGUGGAUGCUGGGCUUUGUGAGGAGAGCAGAGGUGUGGGAGGAGUUUGAGUGUUGCUGUGUGGCAGCUUUGGACACCUUGGAGUUUUCCCUUCUGCAGCAUCUCCUCCUAGAACACAAACCACAGACAAAGUCACAGAAUCAUUAAAAAGUUUUGAUAUCAUGGAGUUCAGCCCUAAAUCUAACAGUGGCACAAUCCUCCUGCAUCAGCUGUCCUCUGCAUCCCUGCUGGGCUGGAGCUGAGAGCAGCUGUGGUUCAGGGCUGUAAAGCCCAUGGAGGGGUUUUGGCAGCCCAAACCAGGCUGUGAACUGAAAUUCAGCUUUUCCUGGGCUCAUGUUGUAGUGUGUGACCUUGACUGUUGCACUGCUGUGUUGGGUGCUGUGAUGUAAAUGUUGGGGAGGUGGCUCAAAGCCACAGCACAAUUCCUCCAGUUUCAUACACCCAAUACCUCAGAGUCUCCUUCCUGUUCCUCCCUUUGUGUUAAAGCCUUUUGUAUUUACUGCUGACACGGUUUUGCAGGUGUAAAAGAAGGUGAACACUUUGGUGACAGGAAGUAGCUACUGGACUGUAGUCACCCAGGUGUUAAAGAGCAGAGCCAGCAUGAGAUAAAGGAUCAGAUUUCCACAUGAA